UAGUGAAACCAAUUGAACUACUCUACAAAUCCUUCACCUUUCAAAGUCGAGCCAAUUGGAGUCGAGCCAAUUGGACUGCACAAGAAAGCCUUUGGCUCCUUAAAAUACACAUCCAAAAUAUCAAUAUACAAUCAUUAUUAUUAUUUAAUAAAAUAAUACAAAUGAUUAUUUUAUUAAAGUUGAGCUAAGUGUGGUCCUUACUCUUUUUUGGGGCAUGUUAUGGAUCAUCAGCCCCUUCUCCUCACCUCCACCACCAUCACCACCACCACCACCGCAACCACAACCACCAUCAUCAUCCGUCUCUCAUCCAUCCUCACCAUCAUCCUCCUCUCUCUCUGGGCCAACCAUGAAUCCUCCAAACUCUAUCUCCAAACCACCAUCGUCCCCUCCACUCUUUCCUCCCUCUCCGGCCACCACUUCAACCUCUUCUUCGUCUCCAACGGCGCCGCAGACCGCCUCAUCUAUACCUCCAUCCACUUCAUCCAACACUCUCUCUAUGCCAACCAUCUCCUCCACUCCAACAUCCCCAUCUUCCACGCCACCUUAUCCAUGUCCAACCACAACCUCACUGCAGAUGUUACAGUAACUCCAGCCAAGCUAUCCAACCAUUUCAUCAUCCAUUUAAGCCCCAAUUUAAUGACCAAACCGGACGUGAAGGCGGCCAUGGCUGGUGCCAUUCACCGGGGAGUGGCCCGUGUUUGGUUGCUCCACUGUGCCGGCGAGGCUCUGCCGUCUUUUGUUUUGGACGAGAUGGUUGAGUGUUUGGCGGCGCUUGCAGGCUUCUCUGGAGGAGUGAAUGGUACUUCAAAGGAGGAGUUUUGUUUGGAGAGAUGAGUUUGAGGUUGUGCACCGGGCGGCCGGCGCCGGCCAUCGGUCGUCGGAGGGGGAGCGGUUGAGACAAGUCAUGUGAAGUGCUAAAGUGGUGGUUGUCUUGCCAGCUCUUGCUUGAUUGUUGUUGUAUAGUAUGAUAAUUAUUUGUAGGUCCCUGAGUUUUACUUUUCUUUUAUUAUUAUUAUUUAUUUAUUUA